AUGGAAAUAAACCGGACCGUUGUUCACUGCUGGUUCGAUGCAACCGUCAGCAUCUUUGGCAUGUUCUUCUCCGCGGUUGUGGUUUUAUUAGCAGCGACAAAGGUGAAAAACAAGGCUCUCAAAUCAUACAGCCUUAUGCUGAUCACAAACGCAACGGUGGACUUUGUCUAUGCGUUGAACACGUUGUUGACAUUCACAGUGAGUUGAAGUAAUACGUAGCGCUUUUGAAAUAACAUUUAUUUUGCACCACAUCAGAUUUUGCAACUAUAUACUAAAGUUACAAAUGAACCAUAUAUUUUUUCGCCUUGAGGUAUUCUGCAAAGACUGAAAGUACUUCCUAACACUACUUUUCAAGGGCUUUCGAACGGUAUAUAACGCUUCUUAUUUGGUGAGGGUCAGUUUGUACACUUCUCUAGGAAGGAAUGCGCCUACCGUUUUACAGGCGGUUUCAAGAAAUUUGGAACAAAUUAUUUGCUUAUAUCUUUGUUGUCUUUGCAGCUACCAACGAAUUUCUUUUUGCUUGUAAAAAUUGACGUCGUGCGUUGUUAGAAUCUCUAAAAAUUUUUUUUUUCGUUUGCGGAGAGCCCAUUUCUCGGCGGAGAAAAUUAGGGCCUUUUUGAAAAAUCACAUCGUAUUACGUGUCGGAAACGUCGUUGCAACGACUGAAAUUAAGUUUACGUAACAACUCCAUGGAUUUUACGGAUGCUUUUUUUUGCGUUUUCGAUUUUACGCCCUUCCGCGGAUGCGCGGCGGAGACCUCACAAUCAGAUUUCGGCGGACGUUGUUUUGGGCCUUUGGCUUAUGCAAUUCAUGUUGGAAAGAGGUUGGGGUGAUUUUUUGUUGUCAUCCGAUGCACAGAUGGCAAAAAUUUCGUGCUUUUCAUCCUUCUAAAAACGCACGACGUCAAUUUUAGAAGCAAAAAGAAAUUCGUUGAUAGCUGCAAAGAACACAAAGAUAUAGGCAAAUUAUUUGUUCCAAAUUUCUUGAAACACCCUGUAUUUCUAACAAUAAGCCGAGUGUUUUGAAACUACAGGGUGUUUCAAGAAAUUUGGAAGAAACUAGUUGCGAAUAUUUUUGAGCUCUUGCUAGUUAUCGCAGAAAUUCUUUUUGUUUCUAAAACUUGACAGCGGGCGGUUUUGUACUGAACAAAAAAAAUUUUUUUUUCGUCGGCGGAGAGGCCAGUUCUCGGCGGAGGCAUUUGGGGCCUUUUUUAAAAAUCACACCUUAUUACAUCGUGGAAACUCUGUUACAGUGGCCAAAAUCAUGUUUACGUUAAACCUCUGUGGAUUUUGCGGUAUGCUUUUUUUGCGUUUUCGAUUUUACGCAACAUCCGCGGAGGCGCGGCGGAGACCUCAGAUUUCGGCGGACUUUGUUUUGGGCCCUCGGUUUUUGCAAAUCCAUGUUGGAAAAAAGGUUGGGGCGAUUUUUUGUUGUCAUCCGAUGCACAGAGGGCAAAAAUUUUGUACUUUUUUCCCCCGGCGGAGGAUUCGGCGGAGGCUUUCUCAAAGGGUCAAAACAAAAUUUUGACUCUUUUGAUAAAGCCUCCGCCGAAACCUCCGCCGAUGGGUCCGCCGGAUCAAAAAAUAAGAAAAAUGGUGUUGCUGUGAUGGAUUCUUGUAGCUGAGUUUUUUCCCGGACUCCUAAGACUGUUCUGACCCUUUGGUAAAGCCUCCGCCGAAUCCUCCGCCGGGGAAAAAAGUGCGAAAUUUUUGCAUCUGUGCAUCGGGUGACAACAAAAAAUCACCCCACACUUUUUUCCAACCUGAAUUGAAUGAUCCAAAGGCUCAAAACGACGUCCGCCGAAACCUGAGGUCUCCGCCGUGCCUCCGCGGAUGAGCGAAAAUCGAAAACAAAAAAAGCAUACCGCAAAAUCCACGGAGGUUUAACGUAAACAUGAUUUUGGCCACUGUAACAGAGUUUCCACGAUGUAAUAAGGUGUGAUUUUUAAAAAAGGCCCCAAAUGCCUCCGCCGAGAACUGGCCUCUCCGCCGACGAAAAAAAUUUUUUUUGUUCAGUACAAAACCGCCCGCUAUCAAGUUUUAGAAACAAAAAGAAUUUCUGCGAUAACUAGCAAGAGCUCAAAAAUAUUCGCAACUAGUUUCUUCCAAAUUUCUUGAAACACCCUGUAUAACUGAACCUGUUUGUUAGCACCAAGUAUCCACAAAGUCUAGGUACAAAAUUUGGACUUUCGGACCAGAUUAAACUUUUUGUAAAGAGUUUAUUCAAGAAACAUCAUGUAUUUCUGAAAUUUUUUUGUCUGAUUGCCACACUACUUGCGUGUGUCAGUAUAAACAUGCCCUAAAAGUGUGAAAAGAAGUUUCAAGAAUAAUUGCAAUUUUUAGUUCGGUGCGUGUCGGAAAGUACAGUGUUUUGUGAUGAUUAAAAGUUCGUUUAAGGCAUUCAUAAUCAGGCUUUUUAAAGGCACGGAAUUGACUUGAACUUAUAUAUUACACGCAAACCUCAUCAUAAGAGGUUAAUUGCUGAAAGGUUCCACUCGCGCAUUGCAGAAGGAAAUGCAUGAAGAACCCCAUGCAUUUCGCGAUCUGUGCCGAGGGAGUGCACGAAACGCGGAGACUUGUCUGAAAUGAGAAAAAAAGAGAUUGAAAGCUAUUUUUUGGAAAUGAAACACUUACAGUGAGGGACCUGAUCCAAUGGCAAAAAACGUCUCAUUUUGCAUCCCGGAAGGGACCAAAAUGACUCCAAACCAUGCCCUUCUCUAAUCUAUUUAAAAAACUCCGCUUUGAAAAGCGCGCCCUUUCCUUCAAGGCGGGCUCUUCAAAGCGGGGUUUUUUUGCUUAGAGAAAGGAAGGGCUUGGAGAUAUUUUGGUCCCUUCCGGGAUGCAAAAUGAGACAUUUUUUGCCAUUGGAUCCGGUCCCUCACUGUAAACCCGAAAUUUGCAAAAAAAUGCCAUAUUUUCACCAAAUUCUCGCCCAAAACCCUCCAUCGUUUUUGCAAAGCGCAAACUGUUUUCAGGCAUUGAAAUGAGAAGUGAUAAAUACUCUCUAUGACCUGUAUGCCUUCCAAAAUCAUCAUCAACCAUUUUCAGACCGCAGUGUUCGGUGAAAAGAUUGUGUUCAUGUUGAUGGACAACUACCCUAUUACGUCAAUAAUUGGGCCUUACGCGGCCCUCUCAACACAACUUUUCUUAAUGUUCCUCGGAGUGGCAAUGCUACCUCUUCAGUUCAUUUAUCGCUACGGUGUAAUGAUACAGAAGCCUUUCACAAAUUGCCAAAUGUUCUUAAUGUUUUGUGGUUCUCUGAUGCUUGGAGGGUUGCACGGAGGUCUAUCGCCCUUCACAUUUAGGCCAAGGAAUGAGUACUACGACGAAAAACUUCGAGAAGCCAUGGAUGUUGGGACAAAUUUUACCUUGCCGUUUUAUGUAGUUGGAGAUGUGGUAAGCCAGAAUAUGCUAGCUGUUUUUAUUUGUCUUGCAAUUCAAGCUUAAUUUUGUAAUUUUUUAGUCAAAAUUCGGCAUUAUGUCCCUCCAUUUCAUCAAUAUAUUCGUCAUCAUGGCAAUCUCGUACAGCAUAAUCAUUACAAUGGUUUAUCUGUCCAAGCGGUCCGUUACUCUUGUCUGCUCCGAUCAGCUGUCAAAGCAGACAAGAACGGUUCAGAAGCAAGUGACUAAAAUCAUCUACCUCCAGGUAAGAGAAUUCGCUUUACUUACCGUAGAGGAUCGGACCAUGUGUGAAAACACAUGAUAAAAAAAAGAAAAGCUGUUUUCCUUUGAAGAGACCCAACGGAGAUGCUCUUUUGCUAGUUAGUUUGUCAAGUCGCUGAAGUAAUUUUUGGCGUUUGCCGCGACAUUAUUUUCUCGGGAGCGAUGCGAUUUUGGAUGCGACAUUCCGCUCACUAUUUUCCCGGCAGACGGGUACAGUGCCGGACUUGAUCCAGUGGCAAAAAACGUAGCAUUGGGCAUCCGGAAAGUGUCAAAAAAUGUUGCAAAAUACCUCCCUCACGUCAGAAUGAAAAUAGAAGAAAAACGAAAUUUCGUGAGGGGCCGCAGCGAAAAGGAACGGCCGAUUUUUUUCUUCUUUCUCUGACCGCUCUCUUCCUUUUUGUGCGUGCGCCCUCUUCCUCUCGCCAAUCGCAAAUCGUUAUUUCGCGGAUCGCCACGGCUUUGACGAAAUUCCCUUUUUAUUUUGACGUGUCCCUCUCCAAGUGAAAAAACUCGAAUUUGAAAAACCACGCCCGCACGUCAAACUGAGAUAAGCUAAAACAGUCCGGUGAAUGGAUUGGCAAUCUGCCAAAAAAAGACGCAAAAAAACGUUUCGUCGGGGAAGAAAUGGGGAAUUUUUGGGGCGAGAGAGUACGCUUUUGUGUGUCUUUUUUCUCUCUUUCUCUGCGAAAUCAAGACGGAGUGAAAAACACCGAUAGCGAAGAGUCUAUUCCGGUCUCAGUUUGACGUGACCCGCUCUUUUUGUGAGGGAAAGGGCGCGCAGUUCAAAACGGAGUUGUUUUAGUUGGAGACGGAGGUAUUUUGCUACAUUUUGUGAACUUCCUGGAUGCAAAGUGAGAUGUUUUUUGCCACUGGCUCAGUUCAGGUGGCAAUUACUGUAAUAGGGCAUCUCUCUUGGUUCAUUUCAAAGACAGCCUCUAUUUUUGUGUUGGGGUGUGAAGGGACACAUUUCUCACUCAAGUUGCAUAUGGUGAUGCUUUUUGACAUAUAAAAAACAUCACCAUAUAUAGAUCCCUUCCAAGACCAUAGUAGCGGAAAAAGCAUACGUUCUCAUAAAGCGUGUUGCAUUGCACUUUUGUUUUCAAUUUUAUUCCAUUUACAACGCACGUAACUUUUUUAACAUCCUGUUCUUUUGCGCGUUUCCAAACCCAAAUUUUAAAUUAAGAACUACAUUUCAAUUAAAAAAAAUCAAAAUCCCAACUUCUAGGCUCUAUAUCCGGUGCUCUUCGUCGCCAUUCCAUGCUCCAUUUUUCCGAUAAUCGCUGUAAAGGGCUGGCAAGUCCCGUACUUCGCGGAAGUUGCCAUGUCCUUAAUGCACACACCGCCCUUGGUCAACUCAGUGCUGGUGAUAAUGUGUGUGCCCAGCUAUCGACGCAGUGUAAUGCGUCCAUUUCGUACGAAUUCGGCUCGGGAGACUUCAACGAUUGGCUGA